GCAUGCCAGCAGCUGUCCUGUUCUACACACUUUCCCAAAAAAAUUGCAACUUUAUCAGCCAUUUCCAGUUCCGCCGGCAUCUUGUAAGUUUUAUCAUCUGUCAACGGAAGCUCUUCUGAUUUCGGCCGUUAGUAUGUAGAAAAAAAAAACCCAGCAAUCUUUCCCAAAAAUGUCGUCUCCGAUCACUCAAAUGUUCCACAUUCCGACGUGCUGUUUCUUCCUUCACUCUCUUAGCUGACAGAAAUGCAGAGGUAGAAAAAUGAUAACAUUAGAUAAGAGUUUGGACAAAAUGAGUGUUUUGAAGAAGAUAUCUGAAGCUCUGGCUACCAAUGAAGCCAAAAAGGACCGGCUUAAAAAUUUUAUUCUGUUGUUAAUGCUUGAAUGGGAAGAUUUUGAGAGCCACUUGGAUUUAACUGGCUUGCUUUUCCGGGAAUGCUUAGCUGAACUUCAGUCCAGAGAGACCCAUUUAAGCUCAGUUCAAGAAUCAGUGAGUGAAAGUUCAAAAGAAAUGGAUAUGACAAGGAAAUCUCUUGAACAAAAGUUUGACGAAUUAGUUGAAAAAGAGAAGGAAUUUUGUUUAUUUCAAGAAAAAGGGAGUAAUGAAUUAAAAUUGCAGGAGGAGACAUUAGGUAUGAUUCGUGAGGAAAUUGAGGUGAGAGAGUUAAAAUUGAAUGAACAAGAGAAAUUGAUACAAGGGCUUUUUGAUAAGAUUGAGCUGGAGCAAAAGGAAUUUGAGAGUAUUAAGAGUUCAGUUGGAGACAGGUUUAACGAAAUUGGGUUAAAGGAGUAUCACAUAGAGCAAAGAGCUAAUGAACUUGAUUUGAAAGAGCAAAAGUUGAUGCAUCGUGAAAAGGAGAUUGAAUCAAGGGAAAAGAUUUUGUAUCUAAAGAUGAAGGAAAUUGAACUUAAAGGGAAACAAUUUGAUUCUGCUAAAAUCUCCAAUAAACACUUGCAAGAUUCUGGUUCUGAAGCAAAGCAUGGUCUUCACCUGAAUGAGGAAGAAAGUUUAGCAUGCACAGAACGGGGAAAGCAAUUGACAGAUGCUGUAGGGCAUAUAGCAUCUCAUAAUAUGCAAAAUGUUACUGAUCACAAGAGUAAAAAACUGCUAGAUUCAUCAGUUGAUUCGACAACAAUCUGGGAGUCUUGCUGCUUUUUUUGUGAUGUAAGGAAAGUGCUCUUCAAACGUGGCCUAAAAAAAGAUUUCUUCUGCCAGAACUGCUCAAAAUAUUACGUUGCUUUUUCAAGUGCAAUGGGUUAUGAGGAGAAUGGUAACAUUAAAAUGCUCAAGUCAUGCACAGCGACUGAAAGGAAUGGUGAUGUUCUUGGGGAUGCGAGGUCUGAUGAUAAAGAUGGAAGUGUAAAUCUACUGCAUCUUGGCAAAGGAGAUUAUGAUGUUCUGAGGAUUGAUCAUUCAUGGCAUAGAGAAUCCAGUGAAUCAAUAAACCAGAGCAGGAAAAGAGGGAGCACUGAAACAGGAAAUGAGGUCAUAGCGGCUGAGGAAGUUUUGGCAGACAUUGAUCACCAUUUCCAUUGCACGCCAUUUGCACAAUUGCUACCAAUCUCUGAGAAAGGAAGAGAAAGUGGUGCUGAUGACAUCCCAAGCUCUUCAAAGAGGUUGCGGGUGAGCAAUAAUCAUGAUGAACAGAGCGAAGCAACGUUGCUUCAAUGUUCAGCAUGUGGCAAUUCAACUGGUUUUUCUGCAGAUGUGGAUAAUGGAAAGUUAAGAAUAGGAGAGGGAAAUUCUCCUAUUGAACAAAGCUUGCAAGAUUGUGAUAUUAAUGAUAUUCCUGAAUUUAAGGGAAAUGCUCCUACCGAAGAAAGCUUGCAAAAUUGUGAUGUUAUUGAUGUGUCAGGAUCAGGUUCUGCUGAUCAUUCAGUAAUAGGAAUUAUGUAUCCUCCGGGAGAAUUUAAUGAUUUUGACAAGUACAGAGAAGAGAAUUGUUUCUCCCCAGGUCAAAUUUGGGCUUGUUAUGAUGAUACUCAUGAUCCCAUGCCAAGAUUCUACGCCCAAAUCAUGAAGGUACAUGUUCGCCCAUUUAAAUUGUGCAUAAAUUGGCUAUAUCCUCAUCCAGGAUAUCAAGGUGGGAUUGACUGGGUAAACAGGGACUUACCUGUGGCCUGUGGCGAGUUUGCACGCGAUAAUUCUGAACACAUCACUACUUUUCGUAUAUUCUCUCAUCAAGUAAAUUAUGAUAAGAAUAUGGAUAGACUAACAUAUACAAUAUAUCCUAGAAAUGGGGAGAUUUGGGCCCUAUUUAAGGACUGGGAUAUAAGGUGGAGAUCAAAUCCAGAAAAUCACCCUAGGAUGAGGUAUGAAUAUCAAUUUGUGGAGGUUGUCAAAGAAUAUGUUGAGAGUACUGCUGUCGAGGUUGCUUUCUUGGAUAAAGUUGGAGGUUUUCUGAGCCUAUAUCAUAGGAAAAUCCAAGGUAAGCCAGUUCUAAUACCGCCAAAUCAACUACUAAGAUUCUCACAUCGAGUCCCCUCUUAUACGAUGCAUGGCACUGAAGGAGAAGGUGUCCCAGAAGGAUCUUUUGAACUUGAUCCUGCUGCCAUACCUCUGGCUCCUCAAUGAGAUUAUUCUUAGUGAAGCUGACAUAAAUGCUGUAAAGGACUGAAUCUGUGUUUAUAUGGAGCUUCUAUCUCAGUUUUACAUGUCAUUAACUUAAUCCUAGCACUGUUUCUCACAGGUCGGUGGCAUCAUGGACAGUUCUUGAAGAUUUUUUGUUGCCUAUCAUUAUAGAUUCUGAAGCAUGCAAUUGAAUUUGAACAGUACCCUGUCAUUUUGCAUAUUCUGGUAGUCUGAUGUUCUAGUUAUUGUGGAUCA